AUGGAUCUCGAGCAAUCAAAGCUGCACCUUGAGCAGUUUUUUCAAACAAAUCAGGAUCAGCAUGAGCUCCUCACCGCUUUGGGAGCCUUCCUCAACACAGCACCUCGCAGAGUCGAACGCCCUGGCCUCUAUGUGACGGAGAUCGAAGAACGAAUCGAAAUCUUCGAAGAUAUCAAACGAUCUGUUCAUCGACACGCUAUCAAACGUCGGGGAUUACUCUCCGAUGCGCUCCAGUCAAUUCUCGGCAUGUUCUGGACCAGUGCUCGCGGAGCGCGGCUCCAAGCUCUGAUCACAGAUAAUGCCCAUAUCCUUGACACAGCCAAAAACAUGAUUUGUCUGACUCCGACACUACACUCUUGGUGGGCGAACGCAUAUUUUGCGCUAGAACCCUAUGAACAGCUCCCAAACGGGGUUCGAAUUAGGCUGAGAUGGUUGAAAAAGACCGCGUUCGUCCCAUGGCAGGCGAUGCCGGAGCCUAGGACAGAUCCCCGGGACUACCUUAAUUGGCCCGGUGAGCAGGAGGGAAUUCUGGGGAUCGUUGAUUUUGAGUCGGGCCACCCACUCAUUGAUGGGUCCCUCUUCGAUCUCGUAUCAGAUGACGUCGACACUCAGGUCUCGUGGGACCUGAUCGAGAUCCAAUGGGAUCUUUUGAGGAUGGCGGCGUUAUCCGGGGCGGGUGAGGUGGCAGACGAUCCCAGAUGGGAUAGUGAUAAAUACUUUGUAGAGUUGUUUGAAUCCCUCCAUGAAGAGGGCAUGCAAGGCCCCGCGGACAACGCACCUUCAAGCAGUCGAGGUCGUUAG